AUGACAAUACACACCUAUCACUGUAUAUGCACGCAGCUCGUUCUAGCCAGUACAUCGACCCUCGAAAGCCUCAAGACUCGAACCUCAGACUCAUCGCACAUCCUCCCUCUCCCCGACCUCUCUUCAACCUCAUCAACUUCCCAUUACGCAUCGCUAGCCAACACCACCACCGAUGCCAAGCCUACUGUCAUCCGCUGCGAAGACGGUUUCGAAAAGCGCUACUUCCACAAGUGCGGUCGAUGUGAAUUGAGUGUCGCGUACUCACUCGACAAGAGCCAGUUUGAGGAUACAAAGACUUCUUCGGGACCUAGAGAGGACGUUGUGUUCUUGAUUCCUGGCGGUUUGAUGUCGACUCAGAAUAUGAAGAGUGGAAAAGAUAUGGAUGCUGAGAUUACCAAGAUCAGUGUCAAAGCUGCUUGA